CCGGCCUGAGGCUCUGUGGUCCUAUCAAACGUUCCAGAAAGUUCCCAGCCCUGCCCAGGCCCAAACCCUGCACCACUUGGGUUGGCGCGCGCGUUCCGAAGGAGUCGGGUCUAGACUGGCCUAGUCGUCGUGGGCUCCCAGGAGCAGCCCUCUCGCGGAGAACUCUUCUGCCAUGUCACAGAAUGGAUAUCUUGAGGAUUCCAGUGAAUACUUUUCAGCUGCUUCUCUGGGCUGCUUCAAGAAUGAUAUGGAUGAUACCUCUGAAGUCCGGGAAGAGAGCCUGGGGGAUGAGGCCUUCGACACAGUCAACUCCUCCAUUGUAUCGGGCGAGAGCAUCCGAUUUUUUGUCAAUGUCAACCUUGAGAUGCAGCCCUCUAAAUCUGGUAGUGAAGAGACAUCUGGUGGCUGUGUCCUCCUGCACACCUCGCGCAAGUACCUGAAGUUAAAGAACUUUGGGGAAGAGAUUAGAGCGCGCCGGGAUCUGGAUGGCUUCCUGGCACAGGCCAGCAUCAUCCUGGAUGAGACAGCCACUUCGCUGGAUGAUGUGCUGCGGACCAUGCUGAGCCGCUUUGCUCAAGACCCCAACCACACUGAACCUGACUGCAAUUUGGACCUACUCAUGGCCAAGCUCUUUACAGAUGCCGGGGCCCCCAUGGAGGGUAAAGUCCACCUGCUGUCGGAUACCAUCCAAGGGGUCACUGCUACAGUCACAGGGGUGCAAUAUCAGCAGUCGUGGCUCUGUAUCAUCUGCACCAUGAAGGCCUUACAGAAGCGGCACGUGUGCAUCAGCCGCCUGGUUCGCCCACAGAACUGGGGGGAAAACUCCUGUGAGGUUCGCUUCGUCAUCCUGGUGCUGGCCCCACCCAAGAUGAAAAGCACCAAGACUGCAAUGGAGGUGGCGCGCACUUUUGCCACCAUGUUCUCCGACAUCACCUUCCGCCAGAAGCUCCUGAAGACCCGCACAGAGGAAGAAUUCAAGGAGGCCUUGGUGCAUCAGAGACAGUUGCUCACCAUGGUGAUGCCAGGAAUGAAGGAAUACAGCAUCUUUUCCCUUCAUGCCCACAAACACCCGCAGCCUCCAAAGUGCACGGACUUUGUUCCUUUUGGGAAGGGCAUCCGGGAGGACAUCAUGCGCAGGUUCCCUGUGUACCCACUGGAUUUCACUGAUGGCAUUAUUGGGAAAAGCAAGGCCGUGGGCAAAUACAUCACUACCACCCUGUUCCUCUACUUUGCCUGCCUGCUGCCCACGAUCGCUUUUGGGUCCCUCAAUGAUGAGAACACAAACGGGGCCAUCGAUGUGCAGAAGACCAUCGCUGGGCAGAGCAUUGGAGGCCUCUUGUAUGCACUCUUCUCUGGGCAGCCGCUGGUGAUACUGCUGACAACCGCACCCCUGGCCAUCUACAUCCAGGUGAUCCGUGUCAUCUGUGAUGACUAUGACCUGGACUUCAACUCUUUCUAUGCAUGGACGGGCCUGUGGAACAGUUUCUUCCUCGCGCUGUAUGCCUUCUUGAACCUCAGCCUGGUCAUGAGUCUCUUCAAGAGGUCGACAGAGGAGAUCAUUGCUCUCUUCAUUUCCAUCACAUUCUUGCUGGAUGCUGUCAAGGGCAUGGUCAAAAUUUUCUGGAAGUACUACUAUGGUCACCACUACUAUACAAAAAGGACUUCAUCUUUGGUGAGUCUGUUGGGCGUCAGUACCAGCCUCAACACCAGCCUGCCCACCACCCUCAACACCAGCUUCCUGGCCAGCCCAACAGAGCUGGCCAUGACAGGAAGUCCCAGUGCCACACAUUCAGGCCGGGCAACUGCAGUGCUCAGCCUCCUCAUCAUGCUGGGCACGCUUUGGCUGGGCUACACCCUCUACCAGUUCAAGAAGAGUCCGUACCUGCACCAGUGUGUACGCGAGACCCUGUCUGACUGCGCCCUGCCCAUCGCGGUGCUCACCUUCUCCCUCAUCAGCUCCUAUGGCUUCCGGGAAAUUGAGAUGAGCAAGUUCCGCUACAAUCCCAGUGAGAACCUGUUUGAGGUGGCACAGAUCCACUCACUAUCCCUGGGGGCCAUCGGCAGUGCCAUGGGCCUUGGCUUCCUGCUCUCUCUGCUCUUCUUUAUUGAGCAGAACCUGGUGGCUGCUUUGGUCAACGCACCAGAAAACAGGCUGGUGAAGGGCACUGCCUACCACUGGGACCUUCUGCUCCUUGCCAUCAUCAACACAGGACUAUCGCUGUUUGGGCUGCCCUGGAUCCAUGCUGCCUACCCCCACUCCCCAUUGCACGUGCGGGCCCUGGCCUUAGUGGAGGAGCGUGUGGAGAAUGGGCAUAUUUAUGAGACGAUUGUGAAUGUGAAGGAGACACGGCUGACGUCGUUGGGUGCCAGUGUCCUGGUGGGCCUCUCCUUGCUGCUGCUGCCCUUCCCACUGCAGUGGAUCCCCAAGCCUGUGCUCUAUGGCCUCUUCCUCUAUAUUGCGCUCACCUCCCUGGAUGGCAACCAGCUCUUCUCACGUGUGGCCCUUCUGCUUAAGGAGCAGACAUCGUACCCACCCACGCACUACAUCCGGAGAGUGCCCCAGAGGAAGAUCCACUACUUCACAGGUCUUCAGGUUCUGCAGCUGCUCCUGCUGUGUGCCUUCGGCAUGAGCUCCAUGCCCUACAUGAAAAUGAUCUUUCCCCUCAUCAUGAUUGCCAUGAUCCCCAUCCGCUACAACCUGCUGCCCCGAAUUAUUGAAGCCAAAUACCUGGACGCCAUGGAUGCUGAGCACAGGCCCUGAUUAGCAGGCCCUGACCAUACCCACUUCACCAACCCUCCUCACCCUCCCCGGCUGGCUGUCUGUGUAGGAGGUGUGGGGUCCGGGUUGUUGCCCUGUGCUGUGUUUUCACAGCUGUCAGGCCUGGGAUGCCUGGACAUUGUGGGGGUUCAGUGUGUGUGUGCUCACCCCUCUCCUCAUUAGCCUUUAGUUUUGGGUCAGGAACUUUGCUCAGGGCAGUUUCUACCCAGGUGGGACUAAGCAGGGUGGAUUUUCUUUUGAUAAAAGAGUCAGAUGUCUGAAAGAGAAAUGAUUUCCUUGAUUGUGUAAGGAACUCACUGUGUGCGCAUUAGAGAAUAAAGCUCCUGUUUCUGUUUCUGUG